UCGACACAGAGGGCGCUCCGCGGUGGGGAAGAUGGCGUCCCGGCAGACUCAUGACGAUAUUGAAGCCCAAAUACGGGAGUUGCAAAACAAGAAGAAAGGUCUAAAUGAGGUUGCUGAGAAGGAAAAAGAAAGAGUAUCUCUUGGGAACACAGGAUUCUUUGACCAAGAAAUUUAUGGAGGAUCUGGCAAGUUUGAAGGCUAUGUAACAUCAAUUGCACCCAAUGAGGUUGAUGAUGCUGAUGAUGAGGAGCCAACCUACGGCCAGAACAAGCGCAGCUUCAAUGCUCCAGCUGCUCUUCUCAAUGAUAUUCCUCAGGCGGAGCAGGACUAUGACCCGUUCGCCGACCGGCGGCGGCCCACCAUCGCUGACCGGGAGGACGAGUACCGCGCCCGCCGCCGGCAGAUGGUCAUCUCGCCGGAGCGACUCGACCCGUUUGCUGACGGUGGCAAAACUCCCGAUGUGGGCGCCCGAGGCUACCAGCAGAUCAUGCGCGAGCAGCAGCUGCGCGGCGAGGAGGCGGAGAUGCGGCGGCGGAUGCAGGACAAGGCAAAGGAUGGCACGCUGCGCGGGGUCGCCUCCAAUGGCGACUCGACUGCGGCGGCGGCCGGACCGCGGCCCACGCCCCGCAAACGCGGCCGCUGGGACGUCACCUCUGACGACGGGCCCAAAGUGAAGAAGACGGCCACAGAGGAUGGCGCCGCCGCAGCGACGCCGGUGAUCGGCCAGUGGGCGGAGACGCCCGGUCGUCCGUCGGGCGGCGAGACGCCCAGCGCCACGCCGUCGGCCCGCCAGAUGUGGGACGCCACGCCCGGCCACGCCACGCCCGGCCGCGAAACGCCCGCCCACGGCGACAAGGCCACGCCCUCGGCUCGGCGCAACCGCUGGGACGAGACGCCCAAAACGGACAGAGGCGAGACGCCCGGCCAGAACAGCGGCUGGGCGGAGACGCCGCGCACGGACCGCACCGGCGGCGUGGACCUCAUCCAGGAGACGCCCACGCCGUCGGCGUCGAAGCGCCGCUCGCGCUGGGACGAGACGCCCGCCAACCAGACGCCCAGCAUGACGCCCACCAUGACGCCCGGCGGGAUGACGCCCAGCAUGACGCCGGGCGGGAUGACGCCCUCGAUGACGCCCGGCAUGCUGACGCCGGGCGGCACCACACCCACCGGCGCCAAGGCGAUGGGCAUGGCCACGCCCACACCGGGCCACCUGGCCGCCAUGACGCCCGAACAGAUGCAGGCGUACCGGUGGGAGCGCGAGAUCGACGAGCGGAACCGGCCGCUGUCCGAUGACGAGCUGGACACCAUGUUCCCGCCCGGCUACAAGGUGCUUCAGCCGCCGGCAGGUUACGUGCCGAUCCGGACCCCGGCGCGCCGGCUGACGGCUACCCCGACGCCGCUGGCCGGUAACGCCACACCGGUCGGGUUUUUCAUGCAGAAGGAGGGACAGACCCCCGCCUUCCAGGACACGCAGCCCAAGGGCAACCUGCCCUUCCUGAAACCCGAGGACGCGCAGUACUUCGACAAACUGCUGGUGGAUGUGGAUGAGGAAGCUCUCGGUCCCGAGGAGCAGAAGGAGCGCAAGAUCAUGAAACUCCUGCUCAAGAUCAAGAACGGCACGCCGCCGAUGCGCAAGGCGGCGCUGCGCCAGAUCACGGACAAGGCACGCGAGCUGGGCGCCGGGCCGCUGUUCAACCAGAUCCUGCCGCUGCUCAUGUCGCCCACCCUGGAGGACCAGGAGCGCCAUCUGCUGGUCAAGGUCAUCGACCGGGUGCUCUACAAGCUGGACGACCUGGUGCGGCCCUACGUGCACAAGAUUCUGGUGGUGAUUGAGCCGCUGCUCAUCGACGAGGACUACUACGCCCGUGUCGAGGGCCGCGAGAUCAUCUCCAACCUGGCCAAGGCGGCCGGCCUCGCCACCAUGAUUUCCACAAUGAGACCCGACAUCGACAACAUCGACGAGUAUGUGCGUAACACCACGGCGCGCGCGUUCGCGGUGGUGGCCUCUGCGCUGGGCAUCCCGUCGCUGCUGCCCUUCCUGAAGGCGGUCUGCCGCAGCAAGAAGUCGUGGCAGGCGCGCCACACGGGCAUCAAGAUCAUCCAGCAGGUGGCCAUUCUGAUGGGCUGCGCCAUCCUGCCGCACCUGCGCAGCCUGGUGGAGAUCAUUGAACACGGUCUGGUGGACGAGCAGCAGAAGGUGCGCACCAUCACCGCCCUGGCGCUGGCCGCCCUCUCCGAGGCCUCCACGCCCUACGGCAUCGAGUCGUUCGAUACGGUGCUGAAGCCGCUGUGGAAGGGUAUCCGCACGCACCGCGGUAAGGGUCUGGCUGCCUUCCUGAAGGCGAUCGGCUACCUGAUCCCGCUGAUGGACGCCGAAUACGCCAACUACUACACCCGAGAGGUGAUGCUCAUCUUGAUCCGAGAGUUCCAGUCGCCCGACGAGGAGAUGAAGAAGAUCGUGCUGAAGGUGGUGAAGCAGUGCUGCGCCACGGACGGUGUGGAGCCGCAGUACAUCAAAGACGAGAUCCUGCCGCACUUCUUCAAACACUUCUGGAACCACCGGAUGGCGCUGGACCGGCGCAACUACCGGCAGCUGGUCGACACCACGGUCGAGAUCGCCAACAAGGUCGGGGCCUCCGAGAUCAUCAACCGCAUCGUGGACGACCUGAAGGACGAGAACGAGCAGUACCGCAAGAUGGUGAUGGAGAGCAUCGAGAAGGUGAUGGGCAACCUGGGCGCGGCCGACAUCGACUCGCGGCUCGAGGAGCAGCUCAUCGACGGCAUCCUGUACGCCUUCCAGGAGCAGACCACAGAGGACACUGUGAUGCUGAACGGUUUCGGUACGAUCGUGAACGCGCUGGGGAAGCGUGUGAAGCCGUACCUGCCGCAGAUCUGCGGUACCAUCCUGUGGCGACUCAAUAACAAGUCAGCCAAGGUGCGACAGCAGGCGGCUGACCUCAUCUCAAAGAUCGCCUUCGUCAUGAAGACCUGUCAGGAGGAGAAGCUGAUGGGUCACCUGGGUGUCGUGCUGUACGAGUACCUGGGAGAGGAGUACCCUGAGGUACUCGGAUCCAUCCUCGGCGCACUCAAAGCCAUCGUCAACGUCAUCGGCAUGACCAAGAUGACGCCGCCCAUCAAGGACCUGCUGCCCCGGCUGACGCCAAUCCUGAAGAACAGACACGAGAAGGUGCAGGAGAACUGUAUCGACCUGGUGGGCCGGAUUGCCGACCGCGGACCCGAGUACGUCUCAGCACGAGAGUGGAUGCGCAUCUGCUUCGAGCUGCUCGAGCUGCUCAAGGCGCACAAGAAGGCCAUCCGACGAGCCACCGUCAACACGUUCGGCUACAUCGCCAAGGCCAUCGGCCCUCACGACGUGCUGGCCACACUGCUGAACAACCUGAAGGUGCAGGAGCGCCAGAACCGCGUGUGCACCACAGUGGCCAUCGCCAUCGUGGCCGAGACGUGCUCGCCGUUCACCGUGCUGCCGGGCCUGAUGAACGAGUACCGCGUGCCCGAGCUGAACGUGCAGAACGGCGUGCUCAAGUCGCUCUCCUUCCUCUUCGAGUACAUCGGAGAGAUGGGCAAGGACUAUAUCUACGCGGUGACGCCGCUCUUUGAGGACGCCCUGAUGGACCGGGACCUGGUGCACCGGCAGACCUCGUGCGCCGCCAUCAAACACAUGGCGCUGGGCGUGUACGGCUUUGGCUGCGAGGACGCGCUCAUCCACCUGCUCAACAACGUCUGGCCCAACAUCUUCGAGACGUCCCAUCUGGUGCAGGCCUUCAUGGACGCCGUGGAGGGCAUGCGCGUCUCGCUGGGACCGCAGAAGAUGCUCCAGUACUGUCUGCAGGGUCUGUUCCACCCUGCUCGGAAGGUACGAGACGUCUACUGGAAGGUGUACAACACGCUCUACAUCGGCGGGCAGGACGCACUGGUGGCCGGCUACCCGCGCGUCACGGCUGCCAAAAACAACUACAUCCGACACGAGCUCGACUACGUGCUCUGAGUGACGCGGCCCGCGCGCUCUCUCUCUCGGCCGUGACGAGUGUGACGUGUGUGUGUGGUACCGGCGCCCGGCGGACGCUGAGCCAAUGUGUGAGCAGUCUGAGCGGUGUGACGCAGUCUUCUGUGUGCGAGGUAGAAUGGUUUGUCGUGGAUGUAUGCCUGAUGUGUAUUCUUUGCGCAUGGGUCAGGCGGGCGAGUCGGCCCCAUCCUGUGUGUGAGCGUCUUGUUUCCGUUCCCUUUUCUGAGUGAGCCAGGCUAGUGAUGUGGGUGUCUGCGCGAUCCAGGCGAUGCGCUGGUUCAUUCUGCGUGAGAGCCUGAGUGGAGCGUCUGUGGACGUCAUUGUGGCUGGCGCGGCGGCAGUGGGUAGCGAGUGUCACUCCGGCCGAUAGAGAUGUCAGUAUUUGUGAUGAUCUGUUUUACGGCUCUCUUUCCUGAUAAGUCUAGGACCCAAGCGGCACCACCACCACAUUCAUACGCAACACAUGUACAUACGGACGUAUAAUAUUCAGUAUAAGUGCUGAGAAUAAACCCAACAGUAAAAUA